GCCCGGCCAACCAUGUCUCCUGUCGGAGCUCCAUUUCUCGAGUUGCCCUUGCCGGCUUCUCGCCGCCGAGCUCCGACCAUUGCGCCGGUGCCAUGCGCGCCCAAUUCGUUCUUCGCAGCAGAUCCCCGGCGUUGUGACGCCGCCUUCUGCAUCGUUAAUCAAGAACGGAGUGGACGACCUGGUAAUCGUCACCAGUCACGACCUCGCGUGACACAACAAUGACGGCCGAGAUCAAGGAUCCCGCCGCGGCCGCCCAGCCCAUGCACGACCGCAAGCUAUCCCACUCCAACUCCUUCUCGACGGCGACCGAAUCACCGCUGCCGUCGCCGGCUUGGUCGCCGGCCCCACCAUCGUCGGGCGAGAGAAUCCCCGUCUCCGAGCUAGACAGGCAGUCGUCCUUGUCCUCCACCUCCUCCUACGAGAGCUUCUACCAGAUCGAGGCCGCCGCCGAGCCGGCGGCGGAUCAAGAGUUCGUGCCGACGACCCUUCCGCCGGCAGUCCAGACAAUGAUGGCGCAGGGGCAGCCCGGCGUUCCUGGGUACGACCCGAAGAGGCUCCCGUCGUCCAUGUUCCGUACGCAGUCGACAUGUCCCGCAGAAUGGAGCGCCACCUCCGACCAGUCGCUGUUCAGCAUCCAGCUCGAAAACUCCGGCGAGCUCGGUGGCCCGCUCUAUGGCGUCGGCGACCUCUACUACGACGCCGCCGGGGUGUUCCACCGCCUCUCCUCCGCCACGAGGCUCCCGGUCGUCCCAGAGGUGUCAUCGUCGACGUCGCCGGGAAGCUCCAGCGAGGGUUUGUGCGUAAAGGAUGACUGCGGGAAGUGCGGCAGUAGCAUGAGCACGAAGUCCGUCAGGUUCGCCGCCUCAACCGACAGCGACUGCAGGCCCAAGCCCGUCUCCCCUGCCCUUGAGGCCACGCUGGAGGAGGGGGAGGCGCCGGCGACGGAACCUGGCGCGGCGGCGGAUGGCUGGUGCUGCUGGCCGUCGUUGUGGUGGCCAAGCUGCGCCUGCCGCGCCUGCGACUGCCGCUGCGGCGACUGCCGAUGGUCCUGAAUUUGGCGUGCGUAGGAAAGUUUGGACAUGUCGAAUCCAUUAAAAUCGGUCUUCUUGCUCGGUUGUGGAAAGGCGUACAUAGCUGGGGACUUUGGGGUAGGCGCUUGGCACUGUAUUUGCGAGCAAACAGAAUACAGAUGGUGCCUAAAAAAAGACUGGAUAUUGUUGGUCAUCA